AUGGAUAUUAUGUUAGAUAAUGGAAAUACUGUCAAAAUAUGUACAGUAUCGAAUACAUUGGAUUAUGCCAAAGCACAACCAAGAAAACCCAUGAAAAUGCCCCUCCCUCCGCUACCUAAUAGUUCAGCCCCAGCUCUUCCUCCUCGCCGUGGUGCCCCACCCCCACCACCUCCUCAGGACCAGGAUGAGUACGACGAGUUCUCUUUUGAAGCAGACGAGGAAGACUAUGACGAGUUUGACGUCGAAAAUAAAUCUCCACCAAAACCAGCUUUUAAACCUCCAGCGCCACCUACAGAGCCAGAUGAAUAUUAUGAUGAAUUUGCUGUAAGUGAGUCACCGCCGUCUGGACCAAGUAUUUAUAUGAUGGGCGAUACAACAGACGAAGCUCCACCUCCACCACCACCACCAUCUUUUUCUGGUCGUCCUAAACUUUCCAAACCACCUGCUAACGAAAUAGAAUAUAUGGAUCCCGAUGAAGAUGAAAAUAUAAGCGCUGGAAGUCAUUCAUCUACAGGUUCAAGUGGACCUCCUGUACCAGGAAAUAGGAAACCAGAGUUACCCAGUAGAGUAGAGAAACCUAAGAAAGCAGGUCAAUCUAUUUUUACCCUGGACACAAAUACUCUUACCAAUGUGAAAAGUAGACUAAAAAAUGUUGGGUUUAAUAAGAAGCCAGAAAAAAAGAACGACGAAGAAAAACAAAAUAUUUUUGGAAAGGCUCUCAAACCAGAAAAGAACAUUCUUGCAGCUAAACCAACCCCUCCUAUAAAACCACCAUCACAAACUAGUAAUCUCAAAAAUAAAUUUUUUACUAAAUUUUCUUCAAAACCAAAAGAUAUGCCACCAGUGCCCCCUAUACCAGAUUUAAAAAUUGAUGCAUUCCAAAGUAACGAGUCUCAUUCACAUCAUUCGGAUAAGAAACUUGAACAUAACAAUUCAAGUCAUCAUGAAGAUCAAAUUGAUCAUAGCACGCCAGAAGUAGAAGAUGAGGAGGUCGAUGCGAUUUACGAUGACGCCACAUCGCAAUUGGACGAUCCACUUCUGGUUCAUAAAUGGUAUCAUGGUUUGAUAGACAGGGAAGAAUCCAAUAAACGAUUGAAGUCGAUUGGCUCAGAUGGUACAUUUUUGGUUAGACAAAGUACAAAAGAAAACCACCCAUGCACAUUAGCAGUUUUGUAUCAAAAUCAC